AUGAAUGAGAUUUCAUUACUCUAUCCAACAUUAAUCACAAGCGUUGAUUCUGGCUCAAAAUCUGUAGAUGAUGAGGACACAGCUUCAGUGUCUUCUGGAUUAACACCUCCGGGAUCACCAGCAGAUUCGAAAUCACCAUCAGAUUCUUCACAUGUAAAACGACCAAUGAACGCAUUCAUGGUUUGGAGCAGAGGACAACGACGUAAAAUGGCACAGGUAAACUAUUUUCAGUAAUGGAUUGAAAUAUUAUAUUUGAAAUUAUAUAUUCAGGAUAACCCGAAAAUGCACAAUUCGGAAAUCAGUAAAAGACUUGGAGCUGAAUGGAAACAGUUGAGUGAACAAGAGAAACGACCAUUUAUCGAUGAGGCGAAACGAUUGCGCGCAUUACACAUGAAGGUGAGUAAUAUUUCGAGAAUGUAUAGUUUUUUUCAUUUUCAAAUUGAAUUUUAUGUUUCAGGAGCACCCAGAUUAUAAAUAUCGACCUAGAAGAAAACCGAAAUCUACAGUCAAGGGACAGAAUCGAUUAUCAAUCAAUCUCCCAAUGACACAAUUCCCAGCGCCACCAAAUCUUUUCAGUUAUCAAUCACCUUUGGAAACAUUGAAAACAACUCCAGAUUUAUCCCAAUAUUAUUCAACAUUUUUCCCAAAUCCAGUAUUAUCAGCAGCCUCAUAUUCUCCAUAUAAUAUGAUGGCUGCAUAUGCUCGACAAGCUGCUGCAGUCGCAGCUGCAACUCAAGCAACAACAAAUAAUGCUGCAGCCGCUCCAGCCGUUUAG